AUGCAGAUGCAAUUUGAAAACUCCAGCACAUUGCCAUCCUUUGCCGAUCGCCGCCAUGUGUCCACCUAUUCUCCAGUGGUUACUCGAAGAAUAGGUGCCCAGUUAAAACCCCUGACGGAAUUAACAGUGGAACCUAAGCUCUGGUGCUCCCCCAUAGGGGCAUCAGAAAAAUCCAGGCCCUUGCCGAUCGACCGCCUCCUCGCCGCCUGCCGCGAGCUCGCCGAGCACCAGGAGCACCUUGCCGCUGCCUCCACAAUUGCUUCGCUCGCUGCCUGCCUCCGCGAGGCCCGUGCCGCAGCAAGCCCCCUUGACACGGCCGCUGCCGUCGCUGAACUCAAGACCCUCCUGAUCGAUCCCGAGCGAUCUGAAUCUGGUGAAGAUGAUCUGGUCGUAUUUGGGCUCCUCAGGAGUGACUGGGAGCAACUUGUCGACGAGCUGCAAGUGGGGCUUGCAAAGAAUGUGGAGGAGUGUGCGGAAUUUGCGCCAGAGGGAGGUAAGGUGGUGGUGAGGGCUACUCCGAGACGCCACUCUUGUGGAAGUUACGGUGUUGAGCUUCAUGUUGCCCUGCAGGCAUUGGAGACUAUUGAUGCCCUAGGCUAUGGGAUGGCAAAAAUUGCAGACUUGAUGAUGAAACAUAUUCUGGUUCCAGCAAUCAGUAACAUACAGGUCACGGUUUCUGUAGAAGUUCUUGAGGAAGGUGGUCCAGAACACUCUGUAUCAGUCUUGAGUGUAGUCCCUUCUGAGGAAAUAAAAGACAAAGAUGGUUCAAAUCUGUACUCAAGAAUAAUUGAUGUCAUCAAGUUUGCGUGCAAAUUCAUUUGCGUGGAAAAUAGCAAGUGGGUUCAGUCUUUUGCAAAGUUAAUCUGGCCAAGAAUUUCUGAUCUGGUUAUCACACACUCUCUCUCCAAGGCUGUACCCAAUGAGGCAUCCAAGCUAAUUGAGUUCCAAGAUGUUGUGCGGAGUACAGCUGAAUUCGAGAACAAACUUAGGAGCAUGAUGUUUCUUUCGCCUGAUAGAAAGGAUGGCAAGUUGACCCAAUUUGUUGAUGAUGUUGAAGUUCAUUUUGUUGUACGGAAGAGAAGUGAGAUCUUGAUGAAAGCAAGGAACAUUCUUGUACAAUAUGAUUAUGAUAAUCCUCUGGUUAUUUCCUUAGGUCAACCCAAGAGUUUCCAUGGGCAAGGAUAA